AUGUCUUCAUCAUCAGCAAUCCAGAAGAUCUUCGCACAAGUCCAUUCCGCGAGCGGGUUGACCUUCCCCAACACCGUCUCCGCUCUCAUAGCGCUCGGCGUCACUCGGUAUCAUAUCGACUACUCUUCGGGCAUCGCCACGACCUACAAGAACACGACCAAGGACGAAGGAAUCGAAAUCGAGCAAGUCAAAAUCACUUCACCGCCACUGUCAUCACGAACACCAUGGUCCAAAUCCGGACUUGUCAAGGCAAUAAGGCGUGUGCAAGCCGGAGAGACAAAGUAUAAGGAGUUCGCCCAAGAGUGUGUCGACUCGGGCGUGACGGGAUAUUUGGCAUUCUUGUUAGGAAAGAAUGUUCUGUAUUAUGGUGCGGAUGGAGAUGUUCAUGUCGAGUGGUUUCCUGGGGCGGAGCCAAAAGCUGAGUGA